AUGAAUGUGGAUGACGAAAGAAGUAUGCAAGGAAUGUUUUCGAUCUACCAACAAACACGGGCACAAGUGUCUAUUCUCGAAUUGUAUGUUGAGUUUGAAGAAUUAGUUGAGGUUGAUUUACCGGAGGCUAACAUCGACUGGACUGUUUAUAACAGUGAAAGCGAAGAGGAAUUUGAGGGCACCUACCAUAUUGUUGGUCCAACUGAAGAAGUGGGUGAAGAUGAUAUAAUAGUUGAGUCUAACGUAGCAGAUGUGGCAAAUGCACUGGCGAGCCAAUAUCCAUCUAGAGAGCCUUCUUUCAUGCACGCCUUGGAUGUAGACGCUAUGAAUGCACCAGAAUUUCCUGAAUAUAUCAAUUCAAAUCCUGUUGUUGUUUCGGACGGUGAAUUUGUUGUUGGCAUGGAAUUCAGUUCUAGAGAGACUGUUAUUGCAGCAAUUAAAGAUUAUACAAUUCGCAGGGGAGUGGAUUACCGGGUGUGUGAAUCUGAGCCAACGACUUUUUAUGCUAAGUGUGUACAAUACGGAAGAAGUUGCGAUUGGCUUAUUAGAGCUAGUCUUAUUAAGAGAAAGUUUUGUUGGGUUGUAAGGCGAUACAAUGGUAGUCACACAUGCACUAGAACUAGAAUUUCUCAAGAUCAUGCCAAGCUAAAUUCAGACAUGAUUGCAGAGGUGAUAAAGCCAUUGGUUGAAGCUGAUCCAUCUUUGAAAGUGAAAUCAAUAAUUGCUGAAGUGCAGUCAAAAUUCAAUUAUACGACAAGUUACCGCAAAGCAUGGCUCGCGAAGCAAAAGGCAAUUGCAAACCUUUUUGGUGGUUGGGAAGCUUCUUAUGAAGCUUUGCCGUCGUGGUUUGAAGCAAUGGUACAAAAAGAUCCAUCAGCAGCAGUCGAGAUUGAAACUGCACCAGCAUACCAAGGGGAUGAGGUAGUCCAUGAUGUAAGGAUACUGACGCGGGUAUUUUGGAGCUUUUAUCCUUGCAUCAGAGCAUUUAGGAGCUGCAAGCCAAUCGUACAGGUGGAUGGGACACAUCUGUACGGGAAAUAUAAAGGAGCUCUACUAGUUGCAGUUUCUCAGGAUGGCAAUGGCAAUAUUGUGCCUCUUGCAUUUGCCGUUGUUGAGGGUGAGACUUCUGAUGCAUGGCACUUCUUUCUUACUCAUUUACGCACACAUGUGGUGACUCGAGAUGGUGUUGGGCUUAUCUCUGAUCGUCACGACUCUAUUACCUCAGCAAUAGCUCGUAGUAAUGGAUCAUGGGAACCUCCAAGAGCUAUCCGAAUGUUUUGUGUUAGGCACAUAGCAUCCAACUUUUUGAGGAAUUUCAAGGAGCAAUUUGCUUUGGCAUUUGAUAAUGGAUACCGUUGGGGUCAUAUGACCACAAACCUAGUGGAGUGCAUCAACGGAGUACUGAAGGGAGCUCGAAAUCUUCCUAUCACGUCACUUGUGAAGGCAACUUUUUAUAGGCUAAAUGAGUUGUUCACUAGGAAGAGGGCUGAGGCUGAGGUUCGAAGGAAUGCAGGACAUGUAUUUUCUGAAUAUGCUAGCAACAAACUGCAAUCAAAUCAGCAAGCAGCAGGAAACAUACAGGUUAACCUAUUUGACAGGCAAAAUGAGAUCUUUGAGGUACGUGAGAUGCCCAUUGGUAUCGAGUAUGCGGUGAAUCUCCGUCAACGGAUGGAUGAGAUAAGAAAGGUGUAUAGAGCACGGUUUAAGCCAUUAGGAAAUCCAGCAACAUGGCCGGUGUAUCAAGGACCAAGACACAUACCUAAUCCGCACUUAAAGCGGGUUUCCAAAGGGCGUCCCAAAAUAACCCGCUUCUUGAAUGAAAUGGAUAUGCGUGAUAUGCGUGGUCCUAGGCGUUGCAGGCUUUGUGGAGGCGAAGGCCACAGUCGAAGUAGAUGCCCCCAUCGUGCAGGGCCUAGUGCUGGUGGAUCUGCACCUAUGUCUUAG